AUGUCCGCCGCUCAAGCGCUCCGCCAAAAGCAAGCCCCGAUCAAAGACGGGUACCGCAGCGACCCUUCUUCCGCCGUUGUCACCCUCAAAUCCACGGGCUCGCUCGACGACCAUUCGAUAACAUGCAAGCUUUCCGAUAGCUCAGCUGUGAAGGAAGCGCAUAGGGUAGCCGGCCUGCACCAAAAGGCUGGCGGCGACGACCCAGCGAUAUCUGGCGAACUAUGCUCUGGUGACAUGCUCCUCGAUGCCCUCGUAGCCUGCUCAGGCGUCACCCUGAAAGCCGUCGCUACCGCUCUCGGCAUACCCAUCGCCUCCGGCAUCGUCACUGCAGAAGGAGACUUGGACUUCAAAGGCACACUGGGCGUAGACAGGACAGCCCCUGUUGGUAUAACAGGCAUACGGUUGGAGUUUGCGGUCAAGUUUGGAGAGAGGGAAGACGGCAGGGAGGUCACCGAGGAAGAAAUCGAGAAGCUGGGCAAGUUGACAGAGAGGUAUUGUGUUGUGCUGCAGACGCUGGUACAUAAGCCUACCAUUGCUGUCAGGCUAGCCGGAAGUGGUGGCGGGAAAGAGGGUGACGGUGUUAGUAGGGAGGUGUCACAUAAGAGCGAACUGUAG